AUGAGGUGGACUAGUCGCCGACUUGCCCUCUUCCAGACAGGCCGACUCCUGGCUCGAGUCCCGCCGAGAGCCCUGAAGAUAAGUGGCGCUGGUUACAAUGGCCGCUCAGCCACGGGUUUCCGAGGUGCCAAGAGAAGAAGCGUUCAGAGUAGGGACGCAUUGGGCAGUCGGCAGGACCUAAAUUGCCCUUGCCAACUGAACGAACGAGUUGGUAUGGCUACAUUGCAUCAAACAGCUAUGCCCGUCAAUUGA